CGCGUACCGCUCUCCUGGCGGCGGCGGCGCGCCUGCCGGAGCCGGACACGCGCGGGCACGUGGGGCGCGCGCGUGUGCGCGCUUCUCUCUCCGCAAGGGCAUCGUCGGUGGCGGCCGGGAAAUGUCCCCCUUCAGCUGGAAGCCCUUUGUGUACGGGGGCUUGGCGUCCAUCACCGCCGAGUUCGGCACUUUUCCAAUAGACCUCACUAAAACCCGACUGCAAGUCCAGGGCCAAGUACUUGAUUUGCGUUAUAAGGAGAUAAAGUACAGAGGAAUGCUACAUGCCCUGUUGCGAAUAUUUAAGGAAGAAGGAUUGAGAGCUCUCUAUUCUGGCAUAAGUCCAGCACUAUUGCGGCAGGCAUCCUAUGGCACCAUCAAAAUCGGAACAUACCAAAGUUUGAAACGCUUGUUUGUAAGCUGCCCAGAAGAUGAGCCUCUGCUUGUAAAUGUUUUUUGUGGGAUUCUUGCUGGAGUAAUUUCAUCCUCAAUAGCCAACCCUACAGAUGUUUUAAAGAUACGCAUGCAAGCACGAAGUGAGCUUUGUCAGGGAAGUAUGAUUGGUAAUUUCAUUAAUAUCUACCAGCAAGAAGGUACCAGAGGCUUAUGGAGAGGUGUCAGCCUCACUGCCCAGCGAGCAGCCAUUGUUGUGGGUGUGGAGUUACCUGUGUAUGAUGUUACGAAAAAAUACAUCAUUUUGUCUGGCUUCAUGGGAGAUACUGUUUACACACACUUCCUCUCGAGCUUCACCUGUGGGUUGGCUGGUGCCUUGGCCUCCAAUCCUGUCGAUGUGGUGCGGACUCGUAUGAUGAACCAGAAAGUGGACUUGGGGAAUCGUGUUGCUUACAAGGGGACCCUCGAUGGUCUCCUGCAGAUCUGCAAAACUGAAGGUUUCUUCGCUUUGUACAAAGGAUUCUGGCCAAACUGGUUACGGCUUGGGCCUUGGAAUAUCAUUUUCUUCAUUACAUAUGAGCAACUCCGGAAACUCCCCAUCUAAGUUAUAUCCUAAAAACUAUUUGAAGCUUGUGCUGCUGCCUGGCAUUUGUUUGUUGAAGGAAGGCAGCCUUCAUGCCAUUGCCUUUUCUUCCACCCUCGCCUCAGGUUUAUGCAUGAAUGUUGCUGCAUUCGAGUUUAAUGACAUUAUGUGGAAAGAAGAUCUGUGCACAGGACAGAUUCUCAGUCUCUGAAAAUUUGGAAGGAUAGAAGACUUCUCCGUCCAGUUGAAAGCAGCUCAUCAGAGGCAGCCGUGGGCACGGGCCUGCUCCCGAUGCAUACAGACCCAUUUGUGCCAUAGCACACGGAGAUUUCGAUGUGUACAAAGAUUAUACAUCAGCUGGGCAUGCAAAUGUACACAGAGACAGUGUGCAGUUUGUGGAAAGAGUUGUGGAGGUUAAGGAUAAAACUUGGGUUUAGCUUAUCUUUGUGGUAUCACUUUAAUUUGGAUUUGGUAAGUGUCUUAAAUCCUAAAUUAGAAAACGGGACCCUUUCUAACCAUGAAGCAAUAGGUUGAUAAAGCAGUUUUUUCUAAAGCUCGAUCUUCAAGUUGGAGAGUUACAUAGAGCAAAGGCAGGAUUGCUAGGUUUUGCACAACCUGAUGUAAAGAAGUGGCUAAGUCAGUCAGUAAAUAGGUAUUUAUAGCUCCUUGUCUUUGUGCCUUGGAUCUGUUUUAAGGCUUCAUAGAAAGUGAGACCAAACUAUUUGUAAAGAAAAGCUGUAUGGAAACCUGUGCAUUGAAGAAAGUUUCUAAAUAACGGCCUAAUACAACCUUUAUUUCUAUGGUGCUUUCCAGAAUUUCAAAUUAAGAUUCCUUAAAAAAGAAUUGAUUAUCCACCCAGAUUAAACCAAUAUUUUAAGUUGCUUGUUCCAUGUUCCUUGAGAUUUGUUCUUGGGGUUUGCCAUUCCAGUUUGCCGCUGUAGUUAAAUGUGAUGACUUGUUUUGAUUUUGCAGUUUGUGCUUCUCCCCUUUUAUAAUGAUAUAGUUCUGGAGGAACCUGUAAUUCUUCAAAUGAGAAGGGGGCAACAGUCCACAGAUAGAAGUAUUUUCAGUAGUAUGGUAGUUAUUUUUCCUCCCUCUUUACCAGAUGAAAGGUGUCCCAGUCCUAGAAUCCAUGUUGAUAUUGAAGUAUGAUUAUAACUGAGUCAUGACAAGCUUUAUGUGAUCACCCAUUGCUUGAACUUGAUAAUGGAAGGUCGAGAGAUUUCUUUGGUAAAUAUCUCCAGCUGCUCCUAUUAGGGUUUCACCAAGUCCGUAUUCAGCGAAUCACACUUUGCAAUUUCUACCGACUGCAACAUGAUCCUGCCAUAGAAUAUAUCUUUCUCUCCUCCUCUUUCAGUAUUUCAUGGAAACCAUUCUCUUCAUGAAUACCCAGUGUAAUGUUCUGUCCCCAACGACUGCUCUCUGUCCUAUUACAUCUUCCAAUGCAACCAGAAGAGAUGUAAUACUUGGCCAUGUACUUUGUUCCUUCCUACCAUCUAGAGGCUCAAACCAUCCCUCCAGGUGAAGCAGUGAUUCUGUUGCAUUUCUUCCAAUCUAGUACACUGCAUCUGGUGAACACAAUGUGGUUUCCUCUGCACUGGAGGAACCAAAAAUGCCAGUGUUCAGUCCAUAGCGGUGACCCUGAACUUCCUGUUCCAUGCCACUUUAACUCCAAAUCCCGCUCCCAUUCUGACCUGCCUGCCUGCCUGUAUCUUCUUUCACUGCCAUAUGAGGUCAAUGUAAACUUGAGGAACAAUACCUUACCUAUAGGCGCUUUGCAGUUUUCUAGAAUGGAUAUCUAACUUGUGUCUCAUCAUUUCCAGUUAUUGCUGAUGUCCAUGUCUCACCCUGUUUCUAUAGAUAGGCUCCAUACCAAUCAGUACUCUUGCUCCUUAUCACCUGAUCUAACUGAACCCAUCCCCAUCUAGUCUUUUGUCUUCUGCCUCAUUUCUCCGCCAAGCUUUGCUUGAAAACUAACACCUCAUCUCUCCCACAGUUCUGAGGAAGGCUCUCUGGCCUGAAACGUUAACUGUUUUUCUCUCCUCAGAUGCUGUUUCAUUUGCCUGUGUUUUUGUUUCAAGUUUCUGUGGGUCUGUCAAGCUGCCUUUUGCCAGUGCCUGAAAUAUCAGCGUAACAAAAAAAUUUCAAUCGUUAAUUGAUUAUUAUUACUGUGUAUGGAAGAUGAUUCUCCACUUCUACCUUGUCAGAUUUUUUUUCCUAGCUUGUAAGCUUUAGACUUUGCUUGCAUUUUUUAAUAUGUAUUUUAUCAAGGGAUGUGGGCUUUGCAAGCUGAGCCACUGUUCACUGAGUUUAAUGCUUCCAGGCCACUCGAAAGAGUUACCAUGUCACUUUGUCCAUUCUUUGUAUUCUUAACUGUUCAAUUUCCACCACUCAAUCUUCUAAGUUCUACAGAGUACAACUCAAGCUGGUAUCUUGGAAUUUGUAAGCUUUAUCAUUGUGACAUAUUGGCAUCAUAAUCCCUUAUAGACCAAAUCGUCUUCCAGUUUUGUUUUUCAUUACCUAUUUAAUUCAUGUUUUUUUAAGGCAGCUACAGUUCUGUUCCUUUGACUGGUAAAAUUGGGUAGCCCAUUAAAGUUUUCAUUGAACAUCUUCUAACUUUUUUUUUUGUUUUAUUCUUUAAAGGAUUUUCCCAAGUUACUCUGACAAUCUUUGUUCCAUCAUUUUCAGAAUCUUAGCUACUUGGCACUUCCUGUUUUUGUUUUGCAAUUAAUUUUAUUACAAUAUGAUUACAGUUAUACGCAGUGUUGUACAUUGUUGGACAGUUAUAUAAAUUGAGUUUGGUUUUGAAGCUACAUUUAGAUAACCCUCUUGUAAGUAUGAGACGUCAAGUCAUUAAAAAUGUAUAAACCUGUGAGUUACUGAACUGAAAUCUGUCCUAGUAGUCACUGGACAAUUUCACUGUUGCACUGGUUGGGUCUGCCCAAGGGCACUGCAAAACUUUCAUAGGAGCAGUCUGUUUUGUAGAUCACAACCUACUGCCCUUUUCAUUUAGUGUUGCAGCUUUAUUAAGAGUGAACAGUAUGAUGGGAGUAAGAGUAAAUUCUUGUCCCAGUAGAGAGUAAGUUAAAUAGAUUUUUUUUAAAUUACAACCAGCAAAUCUUUUGCAGCACCUGUUGCAUGUUGCACUGGACAUGUGCUGGUCAGGUUUCAUGCAGCAAGGACUAUACAACUGUCUUGUUAUGGAACAGAUUUGUAAAUGUACUGGUGACUGUCUAAUCACUGUUUAUGAUAUUGUACAUUGUUGUUUAUAUGAAGAUUGUGGGGAUUGAAUAUGCAAUUGGAUUUGCUCAGUUCACUCUGCAUAACUUGAUGUUGUGUAAUAAUGUAAAAAUAAUGAACGCACAAUGCUCCCCAUGUCAAUUGAUCACCUUUGACUCAUUCUGUUUAAAACUGCAUGAGAUUUAUUUGUAUUCUUAGUUUGACUUGAUUGUGUCACAAAACUAUGUUUCCAGAUCCUAAUUUCCCACACAGUGUGGAACUAAUUCUCUUCCUGUCACUAACUGAAGUAUUUUGAGGAGGAAAAGAUGGCACAGUAGAGGACUCUAUUUACUCUAAGGCAUUUGAUAAGGCCAUGCUUGGUAGAUGGUCCAGAAGGUAAAGACACACAAGGUCCAAGGCAAACUCCCUAUUUGGGUCCAAAAUUAGCUUGAUGAUAGGAGACAUAGGAUAGUGAUUGAAGGAUGGUUUUCCAUUUAGAAAUAUGACCUGCAGUGCGCUGCAGAGAUUGGUACUGGGAUCUUUGUUGAUAAGUGAAUGAGGGGGUGGGGGUGGUGGGUGAUAAGUAGGUUUAUGGAUGGCUUGCAAGUUGGUGGUGGUUUGGAUAGGAAGGAAGAUUGACAGCAAAAUAUGAUAAUGAAGACACGUAGUCCUCUUUUAUUGUCAUUUAGUAAUGCAUGCAUUAAGAAGUGAUACAUUAUUUCCUCUGGUGUGAUAUCACAAAACACAGGACAGACCAAGACUGAAAAAACUGACAAAACCACAUAACUAUAACAUAUAGUUACAACAGUGCAACAAUACCAUAACUUGAUGAAGAAGUCCAUGAGCACAGUAACGUUCAAAAUUUCUCAAAUGUCCCACAUCUCACACAGACGGGAGGAGGAAGAAAAACUCUCCCUGCCAUGCCGACCACAAUCAGACUCUGAGUCAUCCGAAAACUUCGAGCUCUGAUCAGCUCUCCGACACCGAGUACGGAGCGCCAUCUCUGUCCGAACGAUUCACCCUCCUUCUCGGUCGCCAAAAGCAGGCAAGGCUGGGGAUUUUGAGGCCUACCCUCUGAAAGAUUCCCGACCACACAGUAACAACAGCAGCAAACGGGCGUUUCAGAAAUUUCUCCAGAUGUUCCUCUGUGCUUUCACGUCCAUUCUCCAUCAAAUCAAAAUUGUCCACGGCCCCUAUUUAACAGAUACGAUAUCAUUUUUCACUGGAGGGCUGCGCACACGCAGGCAUGCUGCCAUCUUCUCCUCCCGCCAAAUAGAGAUCUGUUGGAAAGUUGGGUAGAGCAUUUAAAUUUCAACUAUCACAAGCUGAUGUGUUUUAUAUCAAAUAGAGGUAGGACAUGUUAAGCAGUUUGUAGUAAGGAACACUGAUGAACAAAGGGACUGUGGGGUUCAAGUCCAUAGUCGCCUGAAAGCAGUGGCACAGGUAGAUAUUGUGGUGAAGAGGCACAUAUGGCAAUCUUGACUUCUUAGGUUGGGCCCUAGAACGUAAACGUCAGGACAUUAUAUUGCAACUUUACCAAACACUGGCUAGGCUGCACUUGGAGGGUUGUGUGCAGUUCUGAUCCUCCAUAAGGAUAUUACUGCACUAGACAGAGUGCAGAAAAUAGUCACCAGGAUGUUAACAUAUGGAGAGAAGAAACUGGACUGGCUGGGCGUGCUUUACCUGCAGAGGAGGAAGCUGAAGGGUCACCUGAUAGAGGUGUAUUUGAUUAUGAGAGGCAUAAAUAAGAUAAAUAGACAAAAUCACCUUCUCAUAGUAGAGGUAUCAAAAUUAAGAGGUCAUUAGUUUACAGUGAAUAGAAGGAAUUUGAAAGUUUCUACACAGUGGUUGUUAUGUAGAACGUCCUGCCAAAGGAAGUGGUGCAGUCAAGUCCAAUCACUGUUUAAGAGGCACUUGGACAGGCGUAAAUAGACAAGGCAUGGAAGGAUACAGUAUGGGAUUAGACUGAAUGGUCAAAGUUGUCAGCGUGGACGUGGUGAGCUGAUGAGCCAGUUUUUAUGUCCUAUACAACUCCACAGUAAUGUCCUAAAUCCCUUUGUGCACCUCUAGUUCUUAAGUCAGAUAAAGCGAUCUGAUUUUCCAAUACAGUCAAUAAUGUGAUGAAUAAAGCUACCACUUAUUAACUCUAUCAGUAUUUGCUGUUCAAGCAUUUCAACUCAUCAAUGCAUUUCUGAACAUUAAUACAUUUAAAAAUAAUAAACCUAUUAAGAUCCUAAACCAAAUGAAAUAUUCAAGUAUAGCAAGAAAGCGGACUGAAAAAAAUUUGAAGUUGAAUUUAUCAUAUGCACAAGUCCAUUGCAGCUGCGUCAGGCAAUAACAUCUUUUAAGCAGCAUUCACAAGAUAUAAUACACAAUUUUUAUUUUAAAUACACAAUUAGAGGGGGGAAAAAAGAAUUUUAGUGCAAAGUAGUCAUACAGUUGCUAAAAUGGUGAUUUGGGAUAUGCAGGUUGGUUUAGUGGUUGAAGAGAAGUAGCUGUUCUUGAACCUGGUGAUAUGGAUCUUAAAGCUUUUGUACCUCCUGCCUGAUGAUAACUGCAAAAAGAUGGCAUGACCAAGAUGGUGGGGAACCUUGAUAAAUGUUGUCUUCUUGAGGCAGUGUAUCCUGCAGGUACUACAGAUGAUGAGGAGGGAUGUGCCCAUGAAGUUCUAGGAGAGUCCACUAUGUGCAGUUUCUGCACUCCUACGCCAUCAAAUUGCCAAACCAGACCACGAUGCAA